AUGAAUCCCCGCCUCCGCAGUAGGGCGGUUACUGUAAACUAACUUUAACAUUAGCAGUUUGUUCAUUUCUUAAAAUAGACUGAUGUUAAGCUAUAUCACAUCAGCAUGAUUGCCGCCGAGUCAAGCAGGUGUCCUGCGUGGUUUAUCACCUUGGUCUUGCUCUCCCUCCUUGUGCUGGCUGCCUCUUCAUCAGGGCGAAACAGAAGCAAUCCUUGUAUCGAUGGCUCAUACGACCAUGAGGGGAGGACCUGUUGUCUGUGUGGUGCUGGUCUGCACCUGGAAGAGCACUGCACUGCGAAUCUACAAAUUGGAAAAUGCAAGACCUGUCCUAAAGAGACAUACAGCAGUCACCCUAAUUACCAGGAGUCCUGUGAGCCCUGCACAUCCUGCUCCCAACCCAAUGCCAAUCUAGAGGUGGACGAACCUUGUACCCCUGCCAGGAACGCUAGGUGUCGAUGUAAAAAGAAUCACUAUUGCAGCAGCAACAUAAAACCCUGUAUAAUCUGCAACCCUUGUAAAGUAUGUGAUGAUGGCAUCAAAGUAGCCUGUACAGCCAACAGUGACACAGUCUGCAAUGAAAAAAAUGAAGAGGAUAAUAAAGUAGGGAUAAUAAUAGGCAUAAUUGUCUCGAUGCUUGUCAUUGGACUUGCUGUUGGACUUGCAUGCCUUUGGAAGCGGAGACGCGACCGAAAGAGACGACACCCAGUCGAACUGACAGAUUUUAAUGGACCUGAGGAGCAGAGUCAGUUUCUUAGAGCUCCAGUUGUGGAUCUCCAGCCUCACCUGCCUGACAUUGCAGAAGUGAUUGGGUGGAGGGAUAUGGAGGGUGUAGCGAUGCGCAGCACUAUACCAAAUGCUGCUAUUGAGGCUUGUCAAAUGAACCACCCUGGUAAUAUUCAGGAAGCGACACUUGAACUACUAAAGAUCUGGGUGGAGAAGAAUGGCCGGGAGGCUUCAAGAAAAUUGGUCCAAAUACUACAAAGGAGUAGAAAAAGGGACACAGCAGAGAAGGUGAUGGAUAUAUUGUCUAGACCAAAUAAUAAUCCUGCUUGAAGGUCUGUUGUUGGCACCUUUUACAUCUACUGUAUGAAUUGUUAUUAUUUUUUAAACCAAUUGAUGUUUACAUGAUAGGAUUGAAAUGUAAAUACGGAUUUAAAGGUCCAGUGUGUAACAUCUUUAGUAGUUCAUUAUCAAAAUCUGUGUUGCCCAUUACCAAACUUGUCCUUUUUCAUAUAUUUACCACCACCAUCAAUUCCAAGUAUUCCUUCUGGCUUGAAAUUUUACAUUUGCGUUUGCAUGAACUGGGGUAGACGCUCCAUAUUCAUGCGUCAUCUUGGAAUACGUUAGCCGGUAAGGGACAUACAGGACAUACGCUAAAGGCGGAGUAGCCUGUUGCGUUUUCGCUGUCACAUGAUAAACGCACAGGUGCUGCUGAUGGGUAUCGUAGCUUCACGGCCCCGGCAAGUAUGAAGAAGGAAACAUGGAGGACCACACGUAUUCAAAAUCCAAUCUUCUUCUACGCUAGAUUGGAGAAAUUCCUACACAUUGGACCUUUAAGAUUGUAUGUAACUAUUAUGAGUCUUUGUCUGAACUUCAACUUUGUAAAAACAGAUCUAGAAUGCUGUUAUAGAGAGGAAUCCCUGUUAUCUGCUUUAAAUUAUGGAUUGAGAUGUUUUCUUCAACUAUUUACUUCCAGUUCUGGGUGUGGAAGUGUUCAUAAAGAUUACAUUACAUUACAUGUACUGAAGUAUGCCUCCCUCCCUGUGUUGAAUUAAUGAACUUAGUUAAAGGCAGGAGGAAGUAUAUGUGCCAUUUCAGCCACAACUUGUAUAUUGUUUAAUAAACGUGAAUAAAUGUAUUACUGGAAUAAAGUAUCACAUGCA